AUACAUCAAUUGCACAUUAACAUAGGUAAAAUAGCCAACUCUAUUAGCCGAACUUAUUCAUCUUUUCUAAUAAUAAUAAUAUUGAACAAUGAUAAGAAUAUGGAAUAUAAAAGUCUUUUUUCUUAGACUACGCUCGUUAAUGAUUACUUGCAAUUAAACAGGGUGUCUUUUGUAUCUUCAAUAUGUUAACUUGAGUGACAAAAAUGGCUGAAGAAAAGGAAACACGUGGAACUUCGGACAAAGUAAAUGUAAUAGUGGGAUCUAAGGAUUGUGCAUCACCGGUAACUUUAAAAGCGCUGCAACUUGCAGAGAAAGAGAAAUUGAUACAGGAAUCUUCGUGGACGAAGACUGUUCCAUACAAAUACUGGCACAGCUAUGUAAAACCUACUGAUAGUAUAGGCAGUAUCUUUACACCCAGCGUAAACACAUAUCGAACCAGAACUCUGACUAGACGUAGUGUCAAGCCUGCACGAUGGCAUCCUUUUGGUACCGAUGGCGUACUUGCAAGUCCACCUCAUAUUCUUGUCGAACGACAUAACGAGGAACUUAAACGAAAAAUUGCAGUAACGGAAGAGAAGAAACGCGAUUCUUUACCAGAAAAUAUAGUGAGUCUGAGAGAUUUAGCGGAUGAUACGUGGUUGCGGAAGAAAAGUCGGAAGACAAAAAUCUUGAUGAAAAAAGAAUUAACCAUGUGCAAGAAAAAAAUAACAAAGCAAAAAUUGGAUCGAGAGGUAACACGAAAUGUUUUUUAAAUUCUAUAAAUACUUUAAAUAAAAGAUUUUAAUGUUUUCUUAAUUGAGUGGACAAAUAUUUAAGAUAAUUAAAAAUUACAUAUCAUAGA